CCAGGGUUUGCUGGCUUUGGAAGGGGAGCUAACUCCCAUCCUUGUGCAGAUGGUGAAGAGUGCUAAUACUAAUGGACUCCUGGAUAAACAGGGUGAAACUUCCAAGUACCAGCACAUAGUCAAAGAGCGGCUGCUGACCAUGCUAAACGUGGACGAGGAGUUUGAUGAAGCGGAUUAUGAGAAGCUGGCCCCGACACGAACCGAUUCCUUGUGCCGUGCUCUGAAGUUCAUCUCCAACCCGCAGAAAAUGUGUCACAGCAUCCAUGAUAUGGUCAAGGAACUGACAGCUCAAAUACGCAGACUCAAGAUGGAGCAACGUCACCGAGAACUGAAGCUAUACAAUGGAGAAUCUUGGGAGCUGUUGAUUCGCCGCUGGGCAAAGCUAGAGAAAGAUUUUAAAAUGAAGGAUGGCCGUUUUGACAUCAGUAAAAUACCAGAUAUAUAUGAUUGUAUUAAAUUCGACUUACAACACAAUCAGUCCACCUUAAAGAUCAAGAACGCUGAGGAUCUCUUCAAGUGUUCCCGGGCCAUGGCAGACAUAGUUAUACCACAGGAGUAUGGUAUAACUAAGGGUGAGAAGCAGCACAUCUCCCAGAGUCUGUGUACACCUCUGAUGAGGAAGAUUAGGAGUGAUCUACAGCAGUGUGUCUCCCCGUUUGAAGAUGAAGAAGGAGAAAGUACACGUCUUAACUCCAGAUAUACCAACAAUGUGGCAUCCCCGGAGAGAUUUGUGAGGACACGGCUAUAUUUCACAAGUGAGAGUCACAUCCACUCCCUUCUCAACAUGCUGCGAUACGGAGAACUCUGUAAGGAACCCACCGAUCCCCAGUGGACCAAGGCCAUGGAUUUUGUGAGUGAAUUAUCUGAGCUUAACUACAUGACACAGAUCGUGAUAAUGAUGUUCGAGGACCCAAGCAAGGAAGUCACAUCUGAUGAAAGGUUCCAUGUUGAGCUUCACUUUAGUCCGGGGGCAUACACCUGCGGGGAAAAGAUACUCGACUUCCCCGUGGGGCGGGGCUACCAUACUUUGUCGAAAAAGGAAAAGCGUUUAAGUGGUGGAGACGAUACUAGUUUGACUGACAAAAAGCUGGGUGGGGACACCUCUAAGUUGACCCCGGGGGAUGACUUACAGACAAGGGCCUACUCAGACCAUCCCCGCUCUGCACCAAUGGUCAUCCAAGAAACCUUAGAGGAGUUACAGGAGGCUGACAUAUUUGAUCACCAUAGCAACACUGAACCGCCAAAAUCUCCGAAGGCUCUAGAACCAGGGUCUCCUGACCCGAGUGUCCCAGAGUGGGAUUGGGGUGACGACGAACAGAAGACUAAAGUAUCCAUCACAGAGGAGACAGAUACUAUGUCACCCACAGAAACGGUUCGAGAACCAGGGUCUCCUGACCAGAGUGUCCCGGAGUGGGAUUGGGGUGACGAUGAACAGAAGACUAAAGUAUCCAUCACAGAGGAGACAGAUACUAUGUCACCCACGGAAACGGCCGAGAGUGAUAAAGACGCCACCAAUAAAGAUGGAACAGGUGCAGCAACACCUGUCGGUACUUCUCAACCAAUAGAAAUACAGGCCCCAAAGGUCAAAGCUUACUCAAGGGAGAUUAUUCUGCCAAUUUUGGCUUUUAAGCCAGAGCCUAUGCGUUCCCAAAGUUUUGAGGAGAAGCGAAGUCGUAGUCUGGAGGACAAACAUCCGGAAGUUAAGGAACACAGUGAUCACCUAGGUAACCACAGCUACGAUGAGAUGGCUUGCAUCAUGUACCCCAUUGAAGACUUUAUAGAACCAAAAACUUUGAUAGAACGCCACUAUCUGACUGUCCACCUUCCUUUAGCCAGUGACCACCAUCGACGAUCAUGGUCAAGUAUAUUUUGCCUCGGAACUGAAGGCCUUAAAGGUUUAGACGAAAACGUGAUCCCAGUAAUGGCGCGAGCAAAGUCUGCCUCGGUCCUAGGAACAGCGGCGUUCGGAGGUUUCAGCAUGGUGCCUUCAAUACGCCCACUGGAAACACUGCACAACAAGUUAACAAUGCGGGACAUGGACUUGUUUUUCGGACGUGUCACCACCACCAAGUUUACCCCUGUGUCCUCACCACCAGACGGAUCUUCAGCCAACACACCUGUUGUCUCGCCCCGACCACCUGCUUUUCUCAAAGGUACAGGAAUCAGUCUGCCGUCAUCCAGUAACUCAAGCGCAGGGCCGUCAUCUCCAACAUCUGGAUCGACCCCAGUUGAUCUCGUCAGUCAACUACGCCUCUAUAUCAAGGAAAUAGAUUCUGCCCAAUCAGAGACGUUGACUGGCCAAUCAGAAACAGAUUCCAGUCAAUCAAAUGAAGUGGCUGAAAAUAAAAUUGAUACUUGCGGCAAAUCAAGCCAGGGAAUCCCCGACACUGAAUCAGGUAAAUCGGGAGAAUACUCUGGGAACAGGUUCAAAGUAAGUCAAACAGAGAAAGGAACACUUCCGAUGAGGUCUGAAAACAACAGCCAAUCAGAACUGAAUGUUCAUCAAAUAAACUGCCAAUCAGAAAACGUCAAAUCUGAAACUCAAAAAUCAGAAAAAGCUUCAGAUACGAAAUCAGAACAGACGGAUAUGGCAGUGACAACCCCUAACGAAAGCCGUGAUGACAUAUGUUCUGGCGGGUCUGACCUAGAUAAACUUGUGGAAGAUAAAGAAACCACAAUAAAGACGAAGUCAAAAAGUGAUAAAUUUGUGAUAGAUGCUGUUCCAGACGAACGUCAUAGCAGCAAAUAGAAUGAUCUCCUGUGUGACCGACAUGUUGAAUGAAUUUUAAAUUGAUUGCACGGUUUCUGAGGACGACGACGACUAUGCUUUACUCUCUAAAUGUUUUAGUUUUAAAUUAGUAAAACAAAAAACACAAUCUUAUUCCAUAGAUCAUUAAUUUCAUGAGAUCCCGAUAUAGAAUUAGUGAGCGACGUGGGUGUUAUGUGUAAAUAUGUGGAUUCGUUAUAAAGCACGAAUGUGAAAUAUUCGAUGUAUGGAUUUGUUACUGACAAUUAAGUUAUACAUUCGAUUAUAGAUUUGGUAAGAGACUCGUAUGGGAUUUACUUGAUAUAUGAAUUUUGUGAGUUUCUCAGAAGAAUAUUCUGAAGUAUGGAUCGAUUGGAAAGUAUGACCCGGAUGUAAUAUAUUCGACAUAUAAAUUUAUUAUUGUUGAGUGACAUGGAUGUGAUAUAUGUCACGGUAAAAAAUUGAUGAAUAACCAGGAUGUACACUCUUUUAUGUAUAGUAUCGGUUAGAAACUAGAAUGUUAAAUAUUUUAUGUAUGGGUUAUUUGAGGACUGAGAUGAAUUGAGUGACCCGGAUAAUGUAUAUGUUGUAUGUAAAGUAUCGGUGAGAAACUAGAAUGUUAAAUAUUUAAUGUACAGAUUAUUUGAGUUACCCGGAUAUAACAUAUUUGAUGUUUAGCAUCAGUGAACGACUGGAAUGUGAAAUAUUUUAUUGAUGGAUUUUACGAGUACUAAGCUGAGUUUAGUUACCCGAAUGUUAUAUAUUUCAUGUUUAACAUCAGUUGGUGACUAGUAUGUUACAUAUUUUAUGUAUGGGUUUUUUUAGCACUGAGAUGAACUGAGUUAUCCGGAUGUUAUAUAUCUUAAUGGCAUUUACCUAUUUCCAGGUGGAUGUUAUAUGUACCUAUUUCCAGGUGGAUGUUAUAUGUACCUAUUUCCAGGUGGAUGAUAUGGGCCCUUAGGGCUCUUGUUAAUACGUGUCUUUGAUUGUUUUAUCUAUUGAAAGUGAUAUUAUUUACGCGAAUUUGAGAUUUGAAAUCAAAGGUAUUGUAGAGAAAUGAUUUUCAAACCGAGAAUAUAAUUAUAAAAUUUGUUGUAAAAUGCUGAGAGCGUUGUCAAAUUGUCAGUAACAAGGCUUGUAGUAUGAGGGGAAAUGUUUCGACAUGAAUAUUUACAUUUCUCACAUAGUCAUGUAUGGAUGACUAGACAAUCACUUGACCACAGAUAUCCUAUAAGGUAUGAAUGAAACAAAUGCAUGUCUUAUAUAAGUGAAAAUGAAUCUCGAAUUUACAUUUCAUGAGAAUUUGUUUGUGUUUUGAUGAUGUUGUAAAUGUUUGCGUAUAAUAAUGAAAUCUGAAUAAAUUGUGAAU